AUAGACUGACAGACAACUGACAGACAGUACAGAUAUUGUAAUUUUUUUUAGUCUCUUCCUUUUACUUCCGUCUUUGGUUUUUGGUGCGGUAGCGUUUCUACGGCAUACAUUGUGAGCUGUACUAUAAACAUACACAAUGGUUGCGGCUAAGAAGCAGAAAAAGACUAUUGAGUCUAUCAACUCGCGCUUGGCAUUGGUUAUGAAAUCUGGCAAAUAUUGCCUUGGUUACAAACAGACUUUGAAAACACUGCGUCAGGGUAAAGCAAAGUUGGUCAUCAUUGCCAAGAAUGCACCUCCAUUAAGGAAAUCGGAAAUUGAAUAUUAUGCUCUAUUGGCAAAGACUGGAGUCCAUCACUAUAGCGGAAACAACAUUGAGCUUGGCACAGCCUGUGGAAAGUAUUAUCGAGUAUGUACACUCGCAAUUACCGAUCCCGGUGAUUCAGACAUUAUUACUUCAUUACCCGAGGCCACGGCAUAGUUAUAUAAAUAAAUUUAUUUUAUAACAAACAAGUA